AUGUUGGUCCCGUCCCGCUACUACACCAACCCCAUCCUGCCUGGCUGGCACUCCGACCCAACCUGUGCCCACGUCCCGGAGCAGGACACCUUCUUCUGCGCCACCUCCACCUUUAUCGCCUACCCAGGACUCCCUGUCUAUGCCAGUAAGGAUCUACAGAACUGGAAGCUCGCCAGCAACGUCUUCAACCGCCCUACUCAGAUCCCCGAUCUUUGGAACACCACCGGUCAACAAGGCGGCAUCUACGCCCCGACCCUCCGCUACCGCAAUGGAACCUUCUACCUGAUUGUCUCCUAUCUCGGCCCCGAAACCAAAGGUCUGCUCUUCACAACCACGGACCCAUACACUGAUUCUGCAUGGAGCGAUCCCCUCGUCUUCGAUGUCCAAGGCAUCGACCCGGAUAUCUUCUGGGAUGACGACGGCACCGUCUAUGUCACUUCUGCGAAUAGCGGCGCAACAUCCGGGAACCACAUUGAGCAGUACUCACUUGAUCUCAACACGGGAGAAACCGGCCCGAUUCACUACCUCUGGAAUGGCACCGGCGGGGCCAGUCCGGAAGGCCCUCACAUGUUCCGCAAAGACGGAUACUAUUAUCUCAUGAUCGCCGAGGGAGGGACAGAACUCGGCCACUCGGAGAUGAUAGCCCGAUCGAGGAAUCGGACCGGGCCGUGGGAGCCCUAUCCCCAGAACCCGCUGUUGACGAACAGGAACACCACCCAGUAUUUCCAGACCGUUGGCCAUGCAGAUCUAUUUCAAGAUGGCAGUGGGAACUGGUGGGCUGUCGCUCUAAGUACCCGGUCUGGCCCAGCGUGGAAGAAUUAUCCCAUGGGUAGAGAGACCGUUCUGGCUCCGGCAGUCUGGGAUGAGGGUGAGUGGCCGGCUGUGCAUCCUGUUCGGGGAGAGAUGCGCGGGCCUCUGCCUCCAAGAAGCAGGAAUAUUUCGUUGGGCGAAGGGGACUGGAUAGACCAGCCCGACAUGGUCGAUUUCACCCCGGGCUCCUCAAUUCCAGAACACUUUGUGUACUGGCGGUAUCCGAAUCCCGAUGACUUUGCCAUCUCGCCGCAGGGCCAUCCAAACACCCUCGAACUGACCCCAUCGUUUCACAAUCUAACAGGAAAUGCAGCGUUCCAGCCAAAUGAUAGCUUGACACUGAUCAUGCGUCGACAGACAGACACACUGUUCACGUACGGCGUUGACAUAUCUUUCGAUCCCACGGUGAUUGAUGAAGAAGCCGGAGUAACAGUUUUCCUAACCCAGGAUCAGCACAUCGACCUGGGUAUCGUCCUGCUGUCAUCUGAUGACCUGGCAGUUAGAUUCCGAGUCCAAGGCCGUGGUAACUACAACGGUACUCUUCCUGGACGUACUGUCUCCGUCCCCAAGACAUGGCAAGGAGAGUCUAUUCGGCUGGAAAUUCAGGCUGUCAACGACACGACGUAUACCUUUGCGGCUGCACCAUUGAACAACCCGAGUCAGCGAAAUAUUAUCGGGUACGCAGAUACACGGAUUGUGAGUGGCGGUACUGGGCCAUUUACUGGCUCUCUUGUGGGUGCCUACGCGACGAAGAAUGGCGGUUCUGGCUCUACACCGGCUUAUGUCAGUCGGUGGAGAUAUCAAGGACACGGCCAGAAGAUUGACUAUGAUCUUAUAGUGCCGAGCUAUGAGGUUGCGGAGGGUGGAUGGGCUUUAUAG